GGUUGCGGGCGGAUGAGUGGUGCGGUGGGUGUUAGUUUCACUAGCCAGUGAUGUUUAUAGUUAUAAAAUUCGGAGGUAAAUGUAUUGUUUUGUGUCAUCAGAAGAAGGGACGAUUUCACAUAAAAUCCCAAGAAAUCCUUUAUGAUAAUGAAGAGACGACAGCUUCGUUACGUUUAGUAUAGCGUUGCUUUUUUAUAAUGCAUCACUUAGGUGAUUUGAAAUAUGAACUGAUAAUUGAGUGCAAUAUAUACUGCGAGUGACUGUUCGUAUACAGUAAGGCCUAAACAUGACUGUGUUCUGUGAAGUGAAAAGAUUGAAAGUGUGUUGACUUAAUGAUUGUGUAUAUUCGUGUUCUGGCGGUCCGUUUGAUUCUGUAACGCGGAACAGACAAAGAGCAUCGUUUCGUUGUUCCAAGAAGCCUGUAUAUAGUGUUGUAUGAAUUAUUAAAAGUAGAGAAUUUUUCUGUCGUUUCAAAAGCUAACAGUGUGCACAAUUGUAGUUUAAUACUCAUAUACAGCAUUUACAGAGUGAUAUUUGUAACGAAGACAAGCAGUCGCCAGAUUUUAUGAUGACAGAUGCAUGUUAUGUUAACGAAGCAAUGGCAGAUGAACAAACUCUGCCAACCUCUCCAACUUCACAUGACUCAGAUUUCGAUGAGUUUCUAGCAAUAGGAAUAGAAAACAUCUCAUCAGCUGAUGCUGCAGAUGGACCAGCGUCGAUGGACAGCAAAACUGAAACGAAUCCCCCAUACGGUGCAAAGGGCUUGCCUUUUAAUGUUGUUCACAGCCCACCACUCAGUUUCAAGGCUCUCCACAGACAUUUGUUCAUCCCACAUGUCGAAAUCAAAGUGAAAAUUAUUGAUGUGGAACGCAGUGUCACAACUCAUAUUCUGAACCCAAAUCUAUAUACUCUGGCAAUUCAACAUGGAGAUUUUACUUGGCAGAUCAAGAAACGUUACAGCCAGUUCCAACAAUUGCAUCAGCAGCUUAUAAUGUUCCGUACUAGUCUCAAUGUGCCGUUUCCUUCUCGGUCCCACCGUGAAAAACGUCACAGCUUCAGAAAUGAACUAUCAUCGGGUACCAAAAAAGGAGGAAAGGGAGCCUUGCCCAGGUUUCCAAAUAAACCAGAAGCACUUGUGCCAUAUGAAGAUAUUGACAAGCGAUGUCGUCAGCUGGAAGAUUAUCUGAACAAUCUUUUAAGGAUAAGGGUCUACAGAAUGCGACAUGAAACGGCGUAUUUCCUAGAAGUGAGUCACCUCUCAUUUGUUAGGGAAUUGGGCUUAAAGGGCAAGGAAGGAAUGGUGCUGAAGAGAACGGGGAGCACCCAGCUUGCCCGUGCAGGCUGUGACUGCUUCGGUGUGUGCAGAUGCGCGCUAUGUGUUCGAUGUUCCUUCUUCUGUGGUGACAUUUGUGCAUCUUGGAGGCAACGCUGGCUGUUCGUGAAAGACACCUACCUAGGCUACAUACGGCCUAAAGAUGGCCGUGUGAAAUGUGUGAUGCUUUUUGACUCUGGCUUUGAAGUUUCAUCUGGUAUUUAUGCUACGGGACUCAACCAUGGAAUGCAUAUAUUCAACUUGUCAAGGCAGCUAAUUGUGAAGUGCUGGUCUCGAAGAAAUCGGAAGGAGUGGCUCUCUUUCCUCAAGGAUGUUACAGCCAAAGCACGUGACUUCACCAUGAAGAAUCGUUUCAACUCAUUUGCUCCAAUACGCUCCACCACCAGCGUCUCUUGGUUUGUCGAUGGAUGUUCCUACAUGAGUGCAGUAGCGGAUGCAUUAGAAGCAGCAAAAGAAGAAAUUUUCAUUGCAGACUGGUGGCUUAGUCCCGAAAUUCACAUGAAAAGGCCUGCAAUAGCAGGAGACACAUGGAGGUUGGAUAAAAUACUAACAAGGAAAGCUGAAAAUGGUGUCAAAGUAUUUGUUAUGCUUUACAAAGAAGUGGAGCUUGCACUAGGCAUAAAUAGCUACUACAGUAAACGGAAGUUAACAUCUUGCAACCCUAAUAUAAAGGUUCUGCGUCAUCCAGAUCAUGCAAAAGCUGGUGUGCUUUUCUGGGCACAUCAUGAAAAGCUGGUUAUAAUAGAUCAGACAUAUGCCUUUGUCGGGGGCAUCGAUCUCUGCUAUGGCCGCUGGGAUGAUAAUGAGCACAGAUUAGUAGACCUGGGGAGCGUCUCUCAGACAUUGGCAACAGGACACCUCCCACUGCGCCGGAAGCUGACGUCCAGCCGCCCAGUGGCUGCCACAAGUGUCCCACAGUCCGUCCUCAGCCUGGCUCAUGCCACCAAUAUGGUGGGUGUUGGCGCACUUGGUGGUAGCUACAGUAGUAUUAACAGUUCGGAGGCAGGUGUUUCGCUAGCAAGUGAAACAAAAUUCAUACCAGUCGCACCAACUCCCCCUCCAGAUCCUGGCGAGAAUGAGAAGCAAAACACACCUGAAAUGGCACGGCGGAACCUAGUGUCUCGGGUAAUAGAAUCUACAGGCCAGGCACGCGAAUGGAUAAGCAAACUGUAUCGAGGAAAUGAAGAGGAUGAAGAGGAAGAAAUCAAUGAUAAGGACAGCAUAGAUGGAGACAUGGUGCUGCCACAUGUAAAAAUAGAAGCUGAAAGUCCCAUGAGGAGUAAUGGAACAAUGGCAGCAAAUCAGAAUGCAAAAGGUGUUCGCUAUGCUGAUUUAGAAGCUGCAGCAGAAUCGUCCCCACCCUCAGAACAUGUUGCAGUGAACAAAGUUAGCAGUGAACUGACCGGAAUGGCAAAAUUUUGGAUUGGAAAAGACUAUACCAACUUUAUCGUGAAGGACUUCCAUAAUCUGGAACAACCAUACAAGGACCUGGUAGACCGCAACACAACCCCUCGGAUGCCGUGGCAUGAUAUUGCCGUAUUGGUGCAGGGAGCCGCUGCAAGAGAUGUAGCCCGGCACUUUAUACAGAGGUGGAAUGCAAUCAAGCUAGAAAAGAUGCGACUGAAUCCGACAUAUCCUUUCCUGCUGCCAAAAUCGUACGAGGGUUUGGACGAUUAUGAUAUACCACCAAUUAUUGAUGCAGUUAGAAGUAAAGUAAAUUGCCAGGUUGUACGUAGUGCUUCAAGUUGGAGUGCAGGCUUCUUGGAGGCUGAUACAUGGGAGGAGAGCAUACAUGAAGCAUAUCUGGAUAUAAUUACACAAGCGAAGCAUUACAUCUACAUAGAAAACCAGUUCUUCAUCUCACUCGCUUUCCAGAGUACCGGUGUGCGCAAUCAAAUAGGGGAGACAAUUUUGAAACGAAUUAUUCGAGCACACAAGCAGAAAGCAGUAUUUAGAGUUUUUGUUGUCAUGCCACUACUUCCUGGCUUUGAAGGAGAUGUUGGGAGCCCUACAAGUACUGCACUGCAUGCUGUCACCCACUGGAAUUAUGCUUCAAUUUCAAGGGGGAAAGAUGCUAUUUUAAAUAAGUUGAAGGAAGCUGGUAUUGAAGACCCCAGUGAAUAUAUAACAUUCCAUGGCCUGCGGACACAUUCUGUCUUGAAUGGGGACUUGGUGUCUGAACUGAUAUAUGUUCAUUCAAAACUACUAAUUGCAGAUGAUAAUACUGUAAUAUGUGGAUCGGCAAACAUCAAUGACAGAUCGUUGAUUGGUAAACGUGAUUCGGAAGUGGCAGUUGUGUUGCAGGAUAUAGAAUUGGAAGACGGUGUAAUGAAUGGACAACCUUACAAGGUUGGACGAUGUGCAGCAUCACUUAGAAAGCAGCUUUUUAGAGAACAUCUUGGUCUUCUGAAAAACAGGCAAAAGCUCUCAGAGGAAGACAUUAUGGACCCAGUGAGUCACCAGUUCUUCAAUAAUGUGUGGAAAAGGAUAUCCACUGACAACACCAAAAUUUAUGAGGAGGUAUUCCGUUGCAUUCCUUCAGAUCAGGCCACUAGCUUCUCAAAACUGAAAAAAUUCCAGGAAGAACUGUCUCUUUCUGACACAGAUCCUUCCAGUGCGGAGGCAAUGCUGGAGAAUGUCCAGGGUUUCUUGGUGAACAUUCCCUUAGAAUUUCUGAAAGAUGAAAUUUUAACCCCAAAUCCAAGUUCUGUAGAAGGAAUACUUCCCACAUCACUGUGGACAUGAUGUGUUUAUUGCAGCAUGGAUGACAUAAUAGUAAAGAAAUACAGACUUACACCAGCGUACAUUCCAUUUUAUUGGAACUGGGUUGUAUGUAAUGUAAUUAUGUGUACAGUACUUUUGUUGCUCAUAAAACAUCUUUAUUUUUAUAGCUACAUGUGACAAGACAGGCAUUUCUGUUAAGUGCAGCAGAACUGUUACAUUUGUUUAGUUUACUGAGAUUCAUAUGGAAGUUGUAUUUUAUUGCUUAAAAAGAUACGCAUAAAUUACCACUUCACUUUUUAGGUGACACAGUGAAAUCUUGCCAUUAGCUGUCUGUCAGUAAUGUUCCUAUAUGCAAAUAUUUAUACUGAAAGUUUUUAUUAUAUAGUUUAUAAUGUUUUGUAUUUUUUUAUAUUUUAAUGAAUUUUAUAGAGUGACAUAUAUAUUAACUGUUGUUUUCACGUUUUAUUUUAAAGUCAUGUUCUAGAAUUAGUACAACGCUGGGGUAUCUUGAUCCAUUAGAAGUUCGGUAGCCUCUUUGCACACAACUUGAUGUCAGAUAUGUUUGAAUAUGUUGAUCAAAAUAAUCAUUUUCGAAGACUUUUUGUAUGUGUAGGGAAAUUUUGUUUGGCCUCAAUAAAAGGACAUGUGUAAACAAA